UCCGCCGCAUGUCAUUUGUUUACCGGCAACAAUCGAAGGUAGACAGAUCUGCCGCGUACGGAACCCGCGCGAAAUGAAAUACGUGAAGAUGUGAACGAAGAGACGCAGAGUCGUCGAAAAGUGAGAGUGCGGAAAAAAUGAGAAUAAGUGUACCGUAGGUGAUCUUGUGGUCUGUGAGCGAAAAGAAAAAAAAUGCCCUUCGUCCAGCGCGCCGUCGAGCCCAAAUUUUUGAGCAAGACGACACUGUGGACCGAAGAUGGCAAGCCAAAAGUUGAAGACGGAGAAUUAGAGGCCGUCACUAACAAUACCUUGAGCAAUGCUCUCAGACAACUCGCGUCCUUGUUAAUGGUUGCUGACGAUAUCUUUGGAUGUCUUGGCAACCAGUUGAAAGAGAUCAACAGGAGGUCGGAGGCCCUCAAGACCAGGAUCAACAAUGUGGAUAAGAAGGUGGAGCAGUUUGAUCCCAAAAAAGUCCCAGUCCCGGAAAGUGACAUUUGCACGUUCGCCCUAAGGAAAACACACUUCUCCAGCAAUCACAACUUUGCCGAAAACUUGUUCUGUGCGGAAACCAGACCUGCUGCCCUGAAAGCCUUAUAUUCCUCGGCAGCCAAGACCCCUGUAACCACCAUGAGGCAACUGGAUAGGUGGAGAAGGGAUGGUCAUAGAUCGUCGAGGUUCUUCUUGUGCACACCGGUGUUGGGACAGAAGAGAAAGAGGAUUAAGUGUAAUAUUGACAUCGACAUAGAAACCAGAGUGCCUGCCGCUGUGGAGGAACUAAGAAGAUGGACGUCAUCAGAAGCCCUUGGAGAUAUAACAGUCACUCCAGAUUGUCCAAACAGGAUACCCCAAAAUGUCACCCAAUGUGGGGAAGAUAUCACAGAUGGAACAGUUAUUUCUGAUGAUGAGGGAAUUGACCACAAACUGCCCUCUCCAGAGGAACAAGUUCAAGUCGUUGCUCUCAAGUUUCCAUCGGAAAUCGUCCCGGUUGACGUUUCCGGAAAAGCUUUCGACCGGAUGUCCGUACAGCGACGCUCCUUGAUGAAUGGCGAAGUUGUCUUAAGGGAGGGGGAAGGUGACAAGAAGAGAACUAAAUCCAGAAGGCCUAGGAGUAAGAGAAGGAACACGCUGGCCGGCACAGAUCAAAAGGAGAUAGAGAAUGCCGUUUCUGCCGGGGAUACCAAACCGUCAACGUCGACUCAAGAAACCGUAGUUCCGCCCAUCAAGACCACCGGAAGAAGCAAGAGCAGCGAUAUACUACGCAGUAACAGUAAAAAAGAAUCCCCCGAAAAUAAAAAAUCACACUUCAACACACUGAAACAAUGGAGCAAAAACAGAUACGAUAAAAUAAUGAACAGAAGUAACGAGGAUAAGAACAAGGAGAAAGACAUUGAUGAAUUCAAUCUCUACGAAACUGUAACGAUGAAAAGAAGGAGAAACAUCGACAAGAAGACUUCUCACCAGCGUAGUGCUUCAGCAUCUUCUUCAGAGAAAUCUAGUGUUAACCUUCCAAUCAAUUCUGGACUGUCCAGUGUGAUGAACAUCGCCGUUAGGUUGAGAGAAAGCUCUCUGCAAAGACGGGAAAGGAGAAAAGGAAGAAACAAGGACGAACCUCACUCUUCUAGUGGUAACUGGAGCGCAAGCUCGGAAAGUGGUAGAAACUCAGCUGGUUCUGAGAUUACAAGUUCAACCGCCCAACCCAAGUCAACUGCUUCAGAAGCCACCUCCAAUAAUUCCUUGAACGUCCCAAUUUCAAGUUCUAUCUGCAGCAGAAGAAGGUUUAUAAACGCGUCUGCUUCCAGCAGUGUGACCAGUGAAGGAACUUUGACUCCUGAUAUCAUCCAAGAUCUUCACGAAGACGGGGAAACCAGUUCUGUCUACUCAUGUGAUACUGAGGGUUAUUAUACUUCUUUCCAUAUGGAUAGCGGUUUGAAAACUCUGAAAGAAGAAGAGCUGCCUCCAACUCCUUUACAUUCCUCCAACACUGUAGAUAGUCCGUCCAGCUCUGCCGAAAAUGAGUACGAAUUAUUUGGAAAAGGUUCUACGUCGACCACGACGAGCUCUGCAGGAACUGUAUGUACCACUUUGAAGGCUUCAGACAGUAGCAAGUCUCUGGUGUUAGGUCCGACAGUGCCUGAAAGAAAAAGUUCGCUUUGUAACAGAUCACCAGGCAGUUCUUUGGGAAGAGAUGAAACUAGUGAGAAAACUGGCACUGUUAAAAGGAGUCCUGCAACGACUAAAGCUCUUACAACUGUAGAAGAUAAGAGAUCAGACGGAGGUAUUUCACCAGAUAGUGGCCACAACACUUCGAGCUCUCCUAUAGAAUCAACGAGUAGUCCCAAUGGAAUACGAAGUGGAUCCGAGUUUGAAUUCUCUGAAUCUUCAGAUAUGGAAGGCCCGGAAAGAAUAGAGCGAAUAAGGGUGAAAACCACCAUCAACUCCAGCAGGAUUCCGUCCAUGUGUGUGAUAACGCCCUCUCCAAGUGACGACGAAAGCAGUCAAUCUUCGCAUUCGUCAAACAAGAACGACAACUUUUACAGAAACAAAAUCCAAGGUACCGACAAGUACAUCAACGUGGAUCAAAAAACCGGAUAUGCAACAUUGGAGAGCAUCCAGAAAGAAUGCACCGAUAUAAAUCAAAACACUGCCAGUAUUAAAAAUAAUAGUGUAAGAGCUCCCUCACCUAGCGGAGGUACUGUGAUAAUAAGAGAAGAAGUUCCUAUUCCUAAAAGUAAUCAACCUAUUUUCAAAACUUCCCUACUCCCAUUCAACAACAUGUUCGAUAAGAUAAAGACGAAUCUGACCAACUUGAAGAAUAGGAAAGAGGACAAGUCGCCGAAUAGAAACAAUUGUACAGAUGGUUUAGACGACCUUGGCGAAUAUGUCACCAUAGCGGAUGUGCGGAAUAACAACAAGACGGGCUGUAGAGAUAUCGAACAAGUGAACGACAUAGUUAACAAAAAUUUGAAAACGAUAUUGUCCGGUAAGAUUAGAGAAACCGAGUAUAUUUCUCUCAACGAGCUGCCUUGUAACGAAACUAGUAUUAACAACCCCCUGUUGGUGCCUACUAACGAUUCUUUGGAGAGGAGAAAGAGGCAAGGUGCUAGGGUUAAGUUAGACGCUGAGGGUAAAGUUGUAUAUAGCUCGGAUAGUUUGAAGAGGAAGAAGGGUGCGCAGUCAACCUUCGAACCAGGACCUUGUGUUAAGAACGUGAGUCCUAAACCGAGUCCCUUGCCUAGUCACAGGCUUCCCAAGAACGUGAGAUCUGUCACCAUGGAAAGAGGGGUUCCUGAUGGUUCCACCAGCCAAACUGGGAAAGUGAUCAUCAAAGCUUCGUCUGACGCUGCUCCAGAAGUUGUCAGGAUGCCUCCCACCACCAUAGUGGGGCCGAAUAGGAGACCCAAGUCCCCUAAGCCGACAGGAAGAGGGGCCUAUGUCCAUGUACAAGACGCAGGGAAACCUCAAGACAAAGACCGAGUACCGCCCUCUCCUGAAAGAGUAAUGUAUCAGAGCGUUCCUGAGUUCGUUCAACCAUCAGAGAUGUCGAGAUACCAAGGAGUCAUUUACGACAGAAGCCCAAAUCAAUUCUACCAGGAUCAGUAUUACCUCGGCAGAGGAACUCCAUAUCAAACCCUACCAUCCAAAAAGACUCAACUCUUUCUACACGAUGUUCUACCGGAAAGGUCUGUAACACCAGACAUCACCAGAGGGUUAGAGAGAAACGAAAGAUUCCAUGUGGAAAAUCCAAGGUUGAGAAGUUUCCACAAUGAUAAUAAGUAUAUGGGAAAAUCUUACAGCGAUGAUUCCUUACUUGAUCAACAACUGGGAAUACCAGUAGCGAUGCCACAUAUGCAUAACCUUUCAUACAUGAAAGCUUCCUGCAACCCCAUAUACCCAGAGCAUCAUGGAUCCCCAAAACAUCGGACUUUCAUACAAGGACAAAGAGAUGAGGUAGAUAACUCCUUCAAAAUUUCACCUAUCGAUCCAAGAAACACCGCUGGCUUUCAAUCGUCUACCCCAUCUCAAAUCCAACAAUCCAGAGCUGCCAUCAAUUUAGAUAGCAAGCUACUUUCGCCUAAAAAAUCUACAAUGAGCAACGAAGAACUGUACGCUGUUAUCCACAAGAGUAAGAAAAAGAUGAACAUAAAAACAGAAGAAGAGAAUCGAUCUUCUCCCGUGCCAAACAUAGAAAACACCGCUGCUCAUAUAGAGAAAGUUAAAACACCAGAGAGUGGAUACUUGGGAGAUAAAAUAAGGACAAGACUGAGUUGGUCCCCGAAUUCCCAGAAUGAAGUAGAGGAUCCAGUAGAUCCAAGGUGUCCACCAAACGAGUCAAGGAGUAGGCAAAGUUGGGCUUGUAACGAUCGAAAGAAGGCAGCCCAAACGUCUCGUUUAGACUUCAAGAAACUGUUGUUGCUGAAGAGUAGCAACCUUCUUUCUACAAACAAGAAACCUUCUGCUGUUGAACAGCUGAAGUUAUCCAAACAGCAGAUCCAGCAAAGACCCUUCUCGCCUCCUAUUCAACCUCCUGACAUGAAUAUCUUAGAGCUCAGCGGCUCUCCAAGGAGUUUGGUGAAUAGAAGAUUCGCAAACCCUCCUGGUUCCCCCAAAAAUACAGCAGAUAAAUUGAAGCCUCCCAAAUUGAUGUCCCCAAGGUCUCAGUGGAGAUUCGCAAGUCCCAGAUCAGAUGUUCUCUCCUCCACAAUACUAGAAGAUUGUAGAGAAGAUGAGAUUAAUAGUUCAGGAGAAAAAAAGCCUUCGCCAGUUCGUCUAGAAACUAAAUUCGAAGAAAAAACCGUUCCAGAACAAAGUACAAAUAAAACGGAGCAACGCCAAAGGUAUGUGCCUAUUGCUCAAAGGUUCCAAGCUCAAAGAGCAGAAUUUUACAAAUCAGGGUUAUCCAGUAAUAAAAUUGAAAGCAAACAAAGCAAAAAUGAUAAGUCUUCAAGUCCAGCUUUAGAAACUUCAUUUUGAUUGGGUUUAUAGGGACGCCUUCAAGAAAUAAUUUCCAUUUUCCAUUAUUUAUAUUUUUCUGUUAUCUAGUCUUGAGCCUUUAGAUAUAAGUUUUGUAAUGUUUUAUAACAUUUUUGAUGUACAUAUACUAUGUGGCUCUAAAGUCUUUGAAUUCUAUGACUCGAGUUAUAUUAUUUAUGAAUUAUUUGAUGCCUUAAAUUAUUGACUUAAUAUAUUGGUUUUAUAAAUAAAAUGUUUGAUUUGA